AUGCGUUCCCUCAUCUGGCUUGCCACUCUGGCAUCUAUCCACACCACUUUCGCCUCCCCACUCGCUUCAAACCCAUCUUCCAACUCACCCAAUGGGCAUGACCCCAAGAGCACUGGCUACAUCAACUGGCGCACCUUCACCGGCUACGGCGUCAACCUGGGCGGUUGGCUCGAACAAGAAUCCACCAUCGACACCCGCUGGUGGGCUACCUACGGCGUCAACGCCUCCGACGAAUGGACCAUCUGCGCAAACCUAGGGUCCGCGUGCUCGGCCGUUUUCGAGAAGCGCUACGAAACCUACAUUACCCCCGCAGACAUUGACACUCUCGCCGCCGCCGGUGUCUCCAUCCUGCGGAUCCCGACUACCUAUGCAGCCUGGGUGCGCGUGCCGGGCUCACAGAUGUACUCGGGUAACCAGCAGAAGCACCUGCGCCGAAUUGCGGAGCACGCGACCCAGAAGCACGGCAUGCGCGUCGUGAUCGACCUCCACUCUCUGCCUGGCGGCACGAAUGGACUCGAUAUCGGCGAGAAGGUCGGCAACUGGGGGUGGUGGCACAAUGAGACUGCGCUGGCGUGGUCGCUGCGUGCGGUUGACGCCGUUGCUGCCUUCGUGCAGUCCUCCAGCAGCCCGCAGAGCUACACGAUCGAGCCCAUCAACGAGCCAGCGGACAACAGGGAUCUGUCGCAGUUCGGAACCGCCGCCGCCCUGACCGAGGACGGAGCUACUUGGCUGCUGAAGUACUUCAAUGCUGUCAUUGCGCAUGUGAAGAAGAUCAAUGCCAAGAUCCCCGUUAUGUUGCAGGGUAGCUUCAAGACGGAGCAGUACUGGUCUCCCCAUUUCGACGCCUCCGAGAACAUUGUAUUCGAUCUGCACCAUUACUAUUUCCAGUAUCCCGAGGCGACGAGUGCGAACAUUACUGAGUACAUUUGCAAGGAUGCCAAGCAGUCUGCUGGUGAUGGCAAGUUCCCUACUUUUGUGGGUGAGUGGGCGCUGGAGACUGGUGGGGAGAAUGUGCUGAGUCUGCGGAAGAACAAUCUUCAUGCUGGAUUGUCGGCGUGGGCGCAGUACACUCGUGGCAGUUCGUAUUGGAAUGCCAAGUUUGAGAGCAAUGCUACUAUUGUGGGAGAGGGUGUGAAACAGGACUACUGGAGCUUUGAGGAGUAUAUUGCGAAUGGGUUCUUGAAGGGUGAUGUGUUGGUGAAGGAUUACUGCAAAUAG